AAAAGCAAACGAUUAUGAACCAUUAAGGUUUAUCAUUUUUUAAUUGUGACUUUUCAUGCUGCCUACUGCAUGGAGUUUGGUAUAACUGGUUCCUUAAAGCUAUGGUCUACGUUUAGAAAGACGAUGAGAAAGAUUUGAAAAAAGCAUCCCCCCCCACACACACACCCCUCCCUCUGUGCUCCAUGAUCCCUCCCCUCCGAGCUUGUGUCCCUCUCCCCUCGGAGCCUCCUAACGACACACCCCCUCCCGCAUAGCAACAUACAGUUACAUACAGCAUACAGUUAUCUAUGUCACAACAUCCACGAUAAAAACGAAAUAUUACCUGUUCAACAAAAACUCCGCUGUAUCAGCAUCAUUUUUCAGGCCCAGAUCUUGCCGGAGCUUUCUCCAUCGGUCAAAGGAACUGAGGAAACAGAACACGGUGGCGCGCCAGAGUGCAGCGGCUCUUAGCUUUCUCACAUAUAUAUAUAGUUUUGUCCGCGUUUUUCUGCUCAUGUCAAGCAGAUUUUGUGUAUAGUCGGCAGGACAUCAACAUUGGCUGGAAAUGCAAGGUUGACAUCACGAGAGACUUUCAAAAGGCACACAACAUCCCGGACGCCAUCGGCAGACCUGCGGAGUCACUGUGGAUCUGCUGCCUGAGUAAGCGACGCAGACGCCGGAGGGAGCGAAGGCAGAAGCGCGGGCGCCGCUCAGGGAUAUUGGCUAGGCUAAAGAAGUACCCUCACACUCCGUCACUGCUGAGCAUCUUCCUGACAACCGCAGAUCUAUUUUGAACAAAAUGGACGAACUGGAGCUAUUGAUUGCCUCUAACUGCUAUGUACAGACCUGUGGGAUUAUGAUCAUAACGGAAAGCUGGCUUCACCCGCUCAUACCCGAUGCUGCGGUACAGCUAGUGGGCCGCACUAGCCACCGGCAGGACAGCAACAUCGAGUCUGUGAAGUUAAAUCCACCAACAAACGUGAGUGACCAGAUCUAUCUGUGCCUCACUUGGACCCAGAUUUUACCUAACUGUGUGGAGAGUGAAGCUCGCUACAGGAUCAGUGACAGCUCAUGGGAGACUUCUCGUGUCAGACCUGGGAUGCAGGAAUACUGCAUCAACAUGCCCUCCACCAAAUCCCUGGUUGAGCUGCAAGUGCGGAGCAAAAUGGAGUUCGCCUGUGGAGGGUCUUUAUUCUGGAGUGAGUGGAGUGAACCUGUGGUCUGGGGAUCCAACAAAAGCACAGUGUAUCCAAUGAUCCUAAAUAGCUCUAAGUGUGAGCUUCAGUCAGUGGUCCUGACCUGUUUGUGUAUCAGUGAGGGGUUUCCUUUACCCACCAUCAGAUGGCCGCUGUUGAAGAACCAAGCAGAGUACUCUGUUACGACCACUGUGUCAAACCACAUGGUCAACAGCAGCCUCACCCUAACUGUCAAGGACCACAGCAACAUUUCUAUUGAGUGUGUGAGCAGUAAUGAAGGUGGGGAAUCAAAAGCAGACAUCAUCAUCAUAACUUCAGAGAGGCGAGAAGCAGAUGAACAUGGACCAAGUGCAGUGCCUCUCUUGACUGUCGUCGCUGUUGUAUCUCUUACUGUGAAUGUCCUCUGCAUGAUCCCCUUCAUAUUCCUUUGGAUCACAAGAAAAAAGGUGAAACCAAAGCAAGAGGACAGAACGUACAUGUCACUGAAGAAAACAGAAACAUCACCGGAGUAUGAUGUGAUUGGCCAUCCUCUGAGCUAACAAGGUUCAGCUUCCACUGAGUGUCAUAGAAUAUGAUACUUCCAUACUCUGAUUUAAAAUGUGUACAUGUUAUAAGUAAAACGCUUCUCAGUUUCUUUUUUUUUUAUUUUACCGCACCUAUAUUUAGUAUUUUACAGUAUAUAUAUAUUUUUUUGUUUACAUUUACUGAACCAGGGGAAGUCCACUGAGUACACAUUAUUCCAGUAUAAUCAUAGUCAUCUGUUGUAGGUGCCUGGGAUUUAAGUGCUUUGCAGAUUUCUCAACGAGUCUGGAGAUCUGGAAACAGACGUUUUCAAGUGAAAUUAAUUAUUUGAUAUUUUUAUAUUAUUUUAUCAUACAAUGUUUAUGAGCUGUCAUUGUGGUCACAACUGUGUCUUUAACAAUGUGCCUUGAAUACACUCUUUAAAACCAACCUGAUUAUCUUUGCAGUAUGGUGUAUGCAAUUCUUUUUGACAAUAAAGGCAAUUUUGAUUUGUA